CUGACCCCGAACCCUUGCCAUCAACUCACACUUGAUUGAUCAGCGUCUAGUUAUUCAAGUGUAUGGCUAGUCCUCCGAAUGCAGCUUACCUUGUUGAACCGGUCAACUUCUCGAACACCGAUCGAAUCUCCAAGCGGGGUUGGCGUUGUUCCGAGUCGUUAAUCAGCCAUCAAUGACGAGAGCUCCAUCUAUUGGUGACAUCAUGCGCCCUCCCCCCUUCCAUUGUGAGCUCUUGACACCAGACACUAAAAGCCUUCGGCCUCUCCAAUGCUCCCACAACUGCUCCAGCGACUUCUCCAGUGCAAAAGCAAAAGUAAGUGUAGAAGCUUGACCGUAAACCUCACCAAAAUGGCCGCCACACUCCUCCCGCAUCCCCCCCAGAAACCGCAUUCCAUCCACUCGUACGCCGGGUUGGCUAAGCCCCCCCACCUCACCCGCCUCGAGGAGACCACGCACAAGGUGGGCCAGGUCGAACCGCUCAGCAUCGACGUCGACGACGCCCACGGCGGCUUCGUCCCGGGCUUCCUGCACCUCCCGCCGGACUUCUUCACCAACCCGCCCGCCGCCACCGAAUCCGAGGGCGGCGGAGGAGGCACCACCACCACUGGCACCAAACCAGCAGCGGCCCUCCCUCCGCACCACCACCGCACCGCCGCCAUCCUCCUCUCGGGCGCCGGCGGCGGCGUCACGGGCCCCAGCUCCAUCUACCUCUCGCUCGCCUGCAAGCUAGCUACCCUCGGCCGCGGGAUCCCCUGCCUGCGGCUCGACUACCGCUACCCGGCCGUCACGGAGCCGUGCGUGUGCGACGCGAAAGCGGGCAUGGCCUACCUGCGCGACAUGUACGGCCUCGACCGGUUCGUGCUGGUCGGGUGGUCGUUCGGCGGCGCCGUGGUGUUUACUGCCGCCGAGGACGAUCCGCACGUGGUGGGGUGUGCGACGGUAGCGAGCCAGACGGCCGGGACCGAAGGGAUCAAGAGGCUUGCGCCGAGGCCGGUGCUGUUGAUGCAUGGGAGCGGGGAUAAUACGUUGAGUGUUGGGUGUUCGCAGCGGUUGUACCAUAAUUAUGGGGCAGGGGACAGGAUGUUGCAGGUUUUUGAGGGGGAUAAUCACUCGUUGAGCAGGAAUGCGGAGAGGGCGGAGGAGAUGCUGUGUGAGUUUGUGGCGCGGUGCGCGGGCGUCAGGGUUGAUCCGCAGGAGAGGAAGAAUGUGGUCGAGGCGGAGCUGGUCGACGAACGGGAGAGACAUGAGUUGAUGGAGAAGGGUGGUGAUCUGAGGGCCCCCGAGAGGGAGGACUAGCCGGUAGUGAGGAACGGGUGGCUGUGAACAGAAUGGAAGUGCUGCUUGGCGGGUGAGUGUACUAUAUUGUUCAACAUUGGAUAUCAAAGUGGGUGGUCACAUUCAGGGGCUAGGGGCCAAAACGGUGAGUGGCAGCAUGGAGGCAGAAAUUGUUCAGAAUCAUAAUGAGAGUUAUAGCUGUACAAAGGGAGUUCAAACUCCCGU